ACGCAUGCGCAGUGCCUCGUCCGUCCCGGUGCCCUUCUCCAGAGCUCAUACAAAAGUUGCAGGUCGGCCGCUUCUCUCGCUGUUCCACACUAUGCUUCGAGCCGCGCUCUCACGGUCGAUCUCCGGGAUCCGGAGUGCGGCACGGGUACAGCCUUGCUUCACCGCCCCCGUGGCAUCCCGCUCCUACUCCCAUGUCGUGCAGGAGACCGACGAGGAGUUUGAUGCCCGCUGGGUCACCUACUUCAACAAACCCGACAUCGAUGCUUGGGAGCUGAGGAAGGGUGUGAACACUCUGGUGGGUUACGACCUCGUACCCGAGCCAAAGAUUCUGGAUGCAGCACUGCGAGCGUGCAGGAGACUAGAUGACUUUGCCAGCGCCGUCCGCAUCCUUGAAGUGACCAAGGACAAAGCUGGUCCUCACAAAGAAAUUUACCCCUAUGUGAUCCAAGAACUGAGGCCCACGCUGGAAGAGCUGGGCAUUCCUACACCUGAGGAACUUGGCAUUGACAAGGCAUAAACGUCCACAUUUUGGUCGGUCUUCGGGAGGACUGCUGAUCUCAGAAGCACUCUUGCUUGUGGCUUUACUGAAGUGUCAGCCUUUUUUUCCUGAUGUUCCUGUGAAAAAUUUGGCCUUUGUUCUGUCCAGAUGUGUAUAAAUAAUUAUGAAGCCGUAAUAAAGGACUGUGUCUUUACCAGA